AUGAACGGGACGGAGGGCCCGGACUUCUACGUGCCUUUCUCCAACAAGACGGGCGUGGUGCGCAGCCCCUUCGAGUACCCACAGUACUACCUGGCCGAGCCCUGGCAGUUCUCCAUGCUGGCCGCCUACAUGUUCCUGCUCAUCGUGCUCGGCUUCCCCAUCAACUUCCUCACGCUCUACGUCACGGUGCAGCACAAGAAGCUGCGCACGCCCCUCAACUACAUUCUGCUCAACCUGGCCGUAGCCGACCUCUUCAUGGUCUUCGGCGGCUUCACCACCACCCUCUACACCUCUCUGCAUGGAUACUUCGUCUUCGGGCCCACGGGAUGCAAUUUGGAGGGCUUCUUUGCCACCCUGGGCGGUGAAAUUGCCCUGUGGUCCUUGGUGGUCCUGGCCAUCGAGCGGUACGUAGUGGUGUGUAAGCCCAUGAGCAACUUCCGCUUCGGGGAGAACCACGCCAUCAUGGGUCUCGCCUUCACCUGGGUCAUGGCUCUGGCCUGCGCCGGGCCCCCUCUUUUCGGCUGGUCCAGGUACAUCCCGGAGGGCAUGCAGUGCUCGUGUGGAAUCGACUACUACACGCUGAAGCCGGAGGUCAACAACGAGUCGUUCGUCAUCUACAUGUUCGUGGUCCACUUCACCAUCCCCCUGCUCAUCAUCUUCUUCUGCUAUGGGCAGCUGGUCUUCACAGUCAAGGAGGCAGCUGCCCAGCAGCAGGAAUCGGCCACCACACAGAAGGCCGAGAAGGAAGUCACCCGCAUGGUCAUCAUCAUGGUCAUCGCGUUCCUGAUCUGCUGGGUGCCCUACGCCAGCGUGGCGUUCUACAUCUUCACCCACCAGGGCUCUGACUUUGGCCCCAUCCUAAUGACCAUCCCGGCAUUCUUUGCCAAGAGUUCCUCCGUCUACAAUCCUGUCAUCUAUAUCAUGAUGAACAAGCAGUUCCGGAACUGCAUGCUCACCACCCUCUGCUGUGGCAAGGUCCCGUUCGCUGAAGAAGAGGCCUCCACUGUCUCCAAGACAGAGACCAGCCAGGUGGCGCCAGCCUAAGCUCGGCCAAGGACUCUGUGGCCAACUGUAGGAGUCUCCCAACCCCGCCCCACCCCAGCCACCACCGCCCCACCAGGAGCCGUGCCUGUCGGAACCAGGUCACACAGGCUCCCUGUGUUUAAACAAACAAAAAAAAAGAAUUAAUGAGAGA